AUGAUAGUUAUCGUUAAAAUUGGUGGCGGCGGUCGCCAUAUUGAGUAUCAUAUGCUCCACGAUCCCAUGGCGAUCAAACGAUACCUGCAACUUCAGACAGCAACUGAAUUCAUAUAUGUAGUUUCUGUCACCGUUCCGAAACUCACGCUAUUAAUACUUUACCUGAAGAUUUUCCCUCACAACAUCGUGCGGCACCUUACUUGGGCGAUGAUCGUUAUCGUCCUGCUACAAUGGUUGAUCGUCGGUGUCAUCGUCUGGGCCUCAAUCUGCCAACCAUUCAGGUACAAAUGGGACAAGAACAUCAACGGGCAUUGUGCCAAUCUACUUGCCUCGUACAGAUACUUCAGUAUUCCAAAUAUUAUCACCGACAUAGCGAUUCUCCUCCUUCCUGUCUCGACAGUAUGGAAACUGCAAGUCUCCAAGCUGCAAAAACUCGGCAUCUUUCUCACUUUCCUCGCUGGUGGCUUGGGCAUUAUCGCCGCGCUCAUUCGAUUCGUAGGCUUCUUCACUGUCGAUUUGAAUAGAGACCCCACGUACUAUGGCGUUACAACCAUGCUUCUGUCUAUCGCCGAACCAGGAGCUUACUUCAUCUGCUCAACCUUGCCAUAUAUUCGCCCAUUAGCAACGAAGUUCUACAAGAGAUCCGGUAUGGCAACGGUAGUUUCUCGGUCAAGAGAUGGUACCAACCUGCACUCAAGAGAAAGAUCAUCCAAACGCAGGUUCCCCGCUCCUGAGCAAGCCAAAUCUAGCUACUCAACGACACUUUCGUCUUGGGGCCCUUCGGCCAUUGAUGAUGAUAGGGUCGAGUAUAUCGAUUUGGUAGAGAGAGUUGAGGUCACCUCGAAUCGUGAAUGA